CUCUCUCCAUCCCUCCUCCCCCUUCCAGCCCAGGCUGCAGCCUGGGUGGUCCCCGUUCUCUCUCUCUCUGUCUCUCUCUGGCUCUCUCUCUCUCUCUCCAUUCCCUCACUGCUCGCUCGCUCGCUCGCUCGGUUGCUUAGCAGCUAAUAAUAGGCGAUGUUUGCAAAGUAAUUUGCCUCUUCCUCGGCCAAUGGGAGCCGCGGCACUUUUCCAUCAAAGCUCCCUUUUGAGGAUUUGCCGAGAGGCGAGCUGGUCCAAACGUUGCCGCAGCGCGAUCGGAGCUAGACGUGUGACGUGAGGUGAGGUGACGCGACGCCGCGCCGCCGCGCCACGCCACGCCACGCGCGACCACCAGCAAGAAGAUAUCACCCAUCGCUUCGCUCGCUCCAACUCCUACCACCAAUCCGAUCUGAGACGGGCUUUUUGCUUUUAGUCUGUGCGUGUUUUGAACAACUCCGCGAUCGAUCGAUCGAUCGAAUGACGACUGAAGGAUCUUUACGGAUUUGGGCGCAUAAUGUUGGGAUGGAGUUUGGCGACUGGUUCGACUAGCAGGAGGACACUUUCUUGCAACUCGUCGGCGCCGCCGGACGCGCUCCUCUCCCAUGUCGGAGGAUUACUGCGGCGCUCUGUGAAAUCGCAGCCGCUUUGUGUGUCGCUUUGCCCCCCAAGCCUCUUCGGACCAUGGCCUCGGAUAGCGGGCUCCCACCAGGGGCCGGCGGCGUCUUUGGAGACUUACCCCCGAGCUACGCGCGCUCCCGGCCGCCCGCCACAGCCGCCGCCGACGCGCUCCGGAGACCCAGCGGUUACUGCCAUGCCGCUUUCGCACUUCAACACAUCUCUAAGGGGAAGGCGGUAGGUCAAAAAGCCCCCCUGUGGAUCCGUGCCAGGUUCCAGGCCCUCCUGUUCUCCCUGGGCUGCCACAUCCAGAGGCACUGCGGGAAGGUACUCUUUAUCGGACUCUUGGUGUUCGGCGCCCUCUCGGUGGGACUCCGAGUCGCCGCCAUCGAGACGGACAUUGAACAGCUGUGGGUGGAAGCUGGUAGUCGGGUGAGCCGGGAGCUUCGCUACACCAGGGAGAAGCAAGGCGAGGAGUCCAUAUUUACCUCCCAGAUGCUCAUCCAGACCCCCAAAGAAGAAGGCACCAACAUUCUUAGCCAGGAAGCUUUACUGGUGCACAUGGAGGCUGCACUGUCUGCCAGCAAGGUGCAGGUGUCACUCUUUGGAAAGUCGUGGGAUCUCAAUAAAAUAUGCUAUAAAUCUGGAGUCCCCAUCAUUGAAAAUGUCAUGAUUGAAAGGAUGAUUGACAAGCUAUUUCCUUGCAUGAUAAUCACCCCUUUGGACUGUUUUUGGGAAGGGGCCAAGCUCCAGGGAGGCUCCGCCUAUUUACCGGGUAUGCCAGACAUCCAGUGGAUGAAUCUGGAUCCAGUCAAGCUCAUGGAGGAACUGAGUCAGUUCACGUCCCUGGAAGGAUUUAAGGAGAUGUUGGACAAAGCCCAGGUGGGCCACGCCUACAUGAACCGGCCUUGUCUGGACCCGUCAGAUCCUGACUGCCCUCUCAGUGCUCCCAACAAAGAGCAGUUGGAGUCUCCUGACAUCGCCGGACGCCUCCGAGGCGGUUGCCACGGUUUUAGCCGGAAGUUUAUGCACUGGCAGGAGGAGCUGAUCCUUGGGGGGCGCGUGAAGAACACCCAGGACGCUCUCAUGAGCGCCGAGGCUCUUCAAAGCAUGUUCCUGUUGAUGAGCCCAAAGCAGCUGUACGAGCACUUUAAAGACGACUAUGAGAUCCACGACAUCAACUGGAAUGAAGAAAAGGCUACUGCCAUCCUGGAGUCGUGGCAACGGAGAUUUGUGGAGGUGGUCCACCAGAGUAUCCCGUCUAACUCCAGCCAGUCUAUCCACGCCUUCUCCACCACCACACUCAACGACAUCAUGAAGUCCUUCUCCGACGUCAGCGUCUUACGGGUGGCUGGAGGCUACCUGCUCAUGCUGGCGUAUGCCUGCGUGACCAUGCUGAGGUGGGACUGCGCCAAGUCGCAGGGGGCCGUGGGACUGGCCGGCGUGCUGCUGGUGGCUCUGUCGGUCGCGGCGGGGCUGGGUCUCUGCUCCCUGCUGGGACUCUCCUUCAACGCCGCCACUACUCAGGUGCUUCCCUUCCUGGCACUUGGAAUCGGAGUGGACGACAUGUUUCUUUUGGCUCACUCCUUCACAGAGGCCGGGAGUAACAUUCCCUUUAAGGAGCGGACCGGAGACUGCUUACGUCGCACGGGCACCAGCGUGGCUCUGACUUCCGUCAACAACAUGAUUGCCUUUUUCAUGGCGGCUCUCGUGCCCAUCCCGGCCCUGCGAGCGUUCUCCUUGCAGGCGGCCAUCGUGGUGGUGUUCAACUUCGCCAUGGUGCUGCUCAUCUUCCCCGCCAUCCUCAGUUUGGACCUCCACCGGCGCCAGGACAAGCGCUUGGACGUCCUGUGCUGCCUGUACAGCCCUUGCGCCGACCGGGUCGUCCAGCUGUCCCCGCACGAGCUGUCGGACGGCCCCGAGCAGAGCCGGGCGCCGGCCUCGCACCCGUUCGCCGCGGGCUCCACCAUCACCACCAGCACGCAGAUCACCACCACGGUGCAAGCGUUCACGCAGUGCGACGCCGCCGGGCAGCACAUCGUCACCAUCCUGCCGCCAACCUCUCAAAUCUCCACCAGCCCGACAUCCGUCAUUGUGUGUCCUUCCGCUUCACAAGGUAGGCAGGCGCAGUCCAAACCCAGGCAGGCGGCCGCUCUGUCAGAGGUGGCCCAUCCCCGUAACCGUUCCUCGUGCGUGUGUGUGUCCUCCCUCGUAGCGAUCACGCCUACACCCGGCACCCCCGUGCAGGAUCCCUACGGCUCGCAGCUCUUCACCCCGACCUCCAGCUCUACCCGGGACUUGCUAGCUCAGGUGGAGGACUCCAAGUUGGGCAAGAAGUGCGUGCCGCUCCCGUUCCUCCGCUGGAACCUGUCCCACUUUGCCAGGGAGAAAUACGCCCCGCUCCUCCUCAAGCCCCAAAGCAAAGCCAUGGUGGUCAUCCUCUUCCUGGGCCUCCUGGGCCUCAGCUUGUACGGGACCACCACGGUGCACGACGGCCUCUACCUGACUGACAUUGUACCACGCGACACCAAGGAGUACGACUUCAUCGACGCCCAGUUCAAAUACUUUUCCUUCUACAACAUGUAUCUGGUCACCAUGGACGGAUUCGAUUACGCCCGCUCGCAGCGACUUCUGGUCCAGCUACACAACGCCUUCAACUCUGUCAGAUGCGUGGUCCGAGACAGUGACGGCAAACUGCCCCGCAUGUGGCUGCACUACUUCCAGGACUGGCUCAGAGGUCUUCAGGCUGCUUUUGACGCAGACUGGCUGGCGGGGAGGAUCACCUCGGACAGCUACAGGAACGGCACGGAGGACGGCGCCCUGGCCUACAAGCUCCUCAUCCAAACGGGCUCCAAGAAAGAGCCUUUCGACUACAGCCAACUGACCUCUCGCCGGCUGGUGGACGCCGAGGGUCUUAUCCCCCCCGAGGUGUUCUAUAUCUACUUGACGGUGUGGGUCAGUAACGACCCGCUGGGCUACGCCGCCUCCCAGGCCAACUUUGAUCCGCAUCCCAGAGAGUGGAUCCACGACAAGUACGACACCACGGGGGAGAAUCUGCGCAUUCCGGCAGCGGAGCCCCUGGAGUUCGCUCAGUUCCCGUAUUACCUCAACGGGCUGCGGCAAGCCGGCGACUUUGUGGAGGCCAUCGAGAGCGUGAGGGCCAUCUGCGACGAGUUCAGCCGCAAGGGCGUGUUCAACUACCCCAGCGGCUACCCUUUCCUCUUCUGGGAGCAGUACAUCGGCCUCAGGCAUUGGUUCCUCCUGGCCAUUAGCGUGGUGCUAGCGUGCACCUUCCUGGUUUGCGCUCUGCUCCUGCUCAACCCGUGGACCGCCGGCAUCAUUGUGUUUAUCCUGGCCAUGAUGACGGUGGAGCUUUUCGGCAUCAUGGGUUUGAUCGGCAUCAAGCUGAGCGCCAUCCCCGUGGUCAUCCUGAUCGCCUCGGUGGGCAUCGGAGUGGAGUUCACUGUUCACAUUGCGCUGGGCUUCCUGACGGCCAUCGGCAGCAGAAACAAGCGCUCGGCCGUGGCUCUGGAGCACAUGUUUGCCCCGGUGCUCGACGGCGCCCUUUCCACCCUGCUGGGCGUUCUCAUGCUGGCGGGCUCCGAGUUUGACUUCAUCAUGAGGUAUUUCUUUGCCGUGUUGGCCAUCCUGACCGUGUUGGGAAUGCUCAACGGCUUGGUCCUGCUCCCGGUCCUCCUCUCCAUGCUGGGCCCCCCCGCCGAGCUGGCCGCGCCCGACGACGGCGGCCGCCGACCGGCGCCUUCGCCCGAUCCACCUCUCCCUCCGCCCAUGGCUCAUCACGGUUACUUGGCCGACCACCGCGACCCCCGCCGGGCUUCCUCCGAGACAUCCCAUUCGGAAUACUACUCCGAGAUGACGACCAGCACGUCGGGGAUGGGCGAGGAGGAUUAUAAGUACUGCGACCGCAGCGCGUACAGCGUGCCGCCGCCUGCGACCUCGCACAUUCUGCUGGAAGCCAGCAAGAAUCCCAGCUUCCCCAAACUCACGGUGGUGAGGCCGCUGAAGGAAAGCAGAGGACGGACAGAACCGUCCAGUGACUCUGCACACAACGCUCAGUCUUUGAACUCGCAGGUGACAUGCUGGGACGGAUCCAAGCGGGACCAGCAGCAGCAGCAGCAGCCGGGACAGCAAAAUGCGCCUGGUCGGACUUACCAGAGCGGCCCCAGAGGGCCUCAGCCAAACAGGACUAAAGGGCCCAGCAACUACAGCAGUUCCGCAGCAGGGGGGCCCGUCACCAUGGUGACGGCCACGGCCUCCGUGACGGUGGCGGUGCACCCGACCCUGCCCGGAGCGGCCUACCAGGGCUACAUGCACGAAGGCUUCGACACGGACACCGAGUCGGACUGGUUCGAGGCCGCUAAGAGCACUACGUUUUCCUCGUACAAGAGAGACUCUUUAGCGCUCCGGGACGUGGACUGUCCACAGGAUCGGAUGACGCGAGCGACCAGACAAGGCGGGUCGAGGAUCCAGACGGCCAGAGCGCUAGAGCCGUUCUCUGGAAACUCCACAUAGUGGCCACAUAGGAUUUAUUUGAAGGACAUGAUGUCACUCUAUGAGUAUCUAUUUGAAAUACUAAAAAAAAGAGGGAAGCUAUUUAAAAGAGGACUGUAUAACUUUGGGAGGGGAAGUUUUGUUUUGUUUUCAUCACACCCCCCGCAGCAGAGUGGAUCGAAUGAGAAGAAGAAUGUGCUAUAUGUAAAAAAAUGUCCACACAGAGUGAGAUCCUAUUAAGAUAUUAGGCUAUUGAACAUACAUGGUCAGUGUUUUAUUUCUGUUGGUAUUAUUAUGUUGGGUUUUUUUGCUGCUACACAGUCAUUUGAAGUGAUUUGCCUUAAAAAAAAAAUGCAGUAGCCCCUCUUCCUCCCCCUUAAAGCCACACACACACACAAACAAUAUUGUACUGUGAGAUCUAACCGAUUUCUUAACAUUGUGCCUUCUUCGUUCAUGUCCGUGCAACAGAGUCCUGAGCUUUGCAGUUUUGUCUACUUGAAGGUUUUGUUAGUUGUGGCUGCAUCUCAGAUUUAACACAAUGGGAAUUAUAAGGGAGUCUUUUGGAUUUGUUGUAACCCAAAUGGAGUUACUUAUAAGCUAUUAUUCACAUUUGACAGCAGCUCUGUCUUUUUGUUCUUGUUGUUGUUUUUCCAAUGGUUUUCCAGCAAUGGUCUCAUCACUGCCAGAGUCAUUUGCAGGGAAGAGCUUUUUUGUAUUUUUCAAGUGGCAGCUUUGGUUUAAAAAAAAAAAAAAAAAAGACAGAAUGUUGAGUAGCUUACUGUGCUGUUGCGGAAAAAUUAUUUCACCCUACA